AAUCUGGCCGAAAUUCUUUCUUUCUAAAAUUUUCCUGAAAAUGAAAUUUGUAUAAAAAGCUUACACUUUAUCUUUGAAAACAGCAUUUGUCUGAAAAUGUGUUAUCAGAGAACAAUGCAAAAAGGUGGCGUUUCUUUUCAAACAAUCCGGAAUUAGAAGCAUGUGGAAAUGGGAAAACGACUGUAGUGCAAAGCAAGGAAAUGAUCGAAACCAUUAACCUGCAAGCCAGUUGAAUCGAUAUUUGAUAAUGGCAGAAUGGUAAAACUAAAAUCCAUGAAUAUUCUUUACGGGCUAGAUUCAAAGUCCAAAUCCUCACCACAUCAGAUCAUGCUUAACUACACAUGAUCUACCACCCAAAACCCUGCAGUCCUAACCACUUGUACGGUAGGGCACUGUACUUCUUUUUUUAUUUUAGACUUUGACCGUUGUACUGCAGUAGUACCCCAUUAUAAAGCCCAGUUUGUGCCAGAGUAUACUGUUAAUACUGUUACCAUGCACUGAGCCCCAAAAUUUCCCCCAAAGUUCAAAAUGGCCUGCCAGCUUCUCCACAUGUCAAAAGUGCGGGUGCAUCAGUACCAGCAAGUAGGAAAAAUGCAACGGAUGAGAAUCCUGUGGCAGAAAGGAUCUUGCCUGAACAAAUUCUACAAUGCAAUUUGCAAGAGAUACUCUUCUACCUGGAAGAUACUUGGUGCUAAUGAUUUGCUGGAGUAUCACCCUGCUGUAGCAUCUGCUCUCUCCAAAGAUGAACCUGUGGUUGCGUUAGAGAGUACCAUCAUAACACAUGGGAUGCCAUACCCUCACAAUCUCAGGAUGGCUCAGGAAGUCGAGUCCAUUGUUGCACAGAAUGGUGUGACGCCAGCCACCAUCGCUCUGAUGAACGGAAAGCUACUCAUCGGAUUGAGGCAGACAGAAUUGCAACAUUUAACAGAGUGCUCUGGACCAAUCAAAGCGUCUCGUAGAGACAUUGCAUGGGGUUUAAGUCAGGGACUUACAGGUGGUACCACAGUGUCAGGCACUAUGAUUGGGGCUCAUCGUGCUGGAAUACCUGUGUUUGUGACUGGAGGAAUCGGGGGCGUCCACAGAGGAGGAGAAAUAAGUAUGGAUGUUAGUGCUGACUUGACUGAAUUAGGCCGCACUCCAAUGGCAGUAAUUUCAGCCGGCAUCAAGUCGAUAUUGGAUAUUCCAAGAACCCUGGAAUAUUUGGAAACUGAAGGCGUUACUGUAGCAGCAUUUGGUCCCAGUAGUUAUUUCCCAGCAUUCUUUACACCAAGCAGUGGAUAUCAAGCCCCAAUACAUGUCAAAUGUGCAAGAGAUGCUGCUGAAUUAAUAGAUUACAAUUUAUCUUUGGAGUUAGGUAGUGGCAUACUGAUUGGUGUGCCAAUACCAGCUGAUCUUGCAGCGGAAGGCCAAGCUAUUGAAGAAGCUAUUAAGACUGUAUUACAGGAAGCAAGUGAUAAAGGCAUACAGGGCAAGGACGUGACACCGUACAUUCUGGAAAGAGUCAACCAGAUUACCAAAGGCGACUCACUGAAAGCUAAUAUUGCACUCAUAAAGAAUAAUGCAGACAUUGGCAGCAAGAUAGCCCUGGAACUCUCCUACAUACGGAACCAAAAGGCUCACAACAGACGCACCAAGCAUAGGCAUGCAACCACUCAAGAUGGCAAAAGACAGGGGAGGCCAGUUGUCAUAGGUGGAAGUAACGUUGACCUGAUGUCGUCAAUCAGAAGCCAAGAGAUAAUAUAUGGUGAUGGGACGAAUCCUGGUAGUAUAAAUGUCUCUCUAGGCGGUGUUGGACGCAAUGUGGCAGACUGUAUGACUCGUCUUGGUGCUUCUCCUCUGUUUUUGUCAGCCAUCGGUCGUGAUAGUCAGGGCGACAUGUUAUUGAGUCUCUCCUCACAUAUGGAUACAUCAUGCAUAUCUGUUCUAGACCGAUACUCCACAGCAACUUACUCCUGUGUACUCAACAGUGAUGGUCAGUUGAUCAUUGCAGUUGGGGAUAUGGACAUAAGUUCACAAAUAACACCAGAAUAUGUAUCUCAAUUUGAGGAAGAGCUACAAUCAGCCCCUUUGGUGUGUAUUGAUGGCAAUAUACCAACAGAGACCAUUGAAUAUGUUUGCAAAUUCUGCGACCAGAAUAGCAUUCCAGUGUGGUAUGAACCCACCUGUAUUGAUAAGUCAAUCAAGCCAUUUCGGUCAGAUUGUUGGAAAUCUCUGUCCUACAUUUCCCCAAAUGUGAAGGAGCUGUGCAUGAUUGCUGACCACCUGAGCGGUAAAGCAGUGACUCCCUUUCAAGAUCGUUUUACACUACAGGAGAAAAUGGACAUGAGCAUAGAAUUGAGCCAGAAGUUAUUACAUCACAUUUACUGCGUAGUAGUCACUCUUGGAGAAGAUGGUGUGCUUGUGUGUAGGAAUGCCGAUGCCCAUCACCCAUUCCUUGUUGGUUCCACUUCACUGAGGGAAACCACCUCCAGGAAGUCUGCCGUGCAUUACCCAGCAUGCACUGCUGAAAAGAUGGCCAGUGUGUCAGGAGCUGGAGAUUGCUUGGCCGGAGGGAUGCUUGCAGGCAUUGUUCGUCAAGCCUCUGCUAACGAAUGCAUGCUGUCUGGCUUGAUUGCUGCCAGAGCUUCCAUUCAGUCCUACCUCACAGUGCCACCAACCAUAUCGACAUUGACGCAAUCAGGUCUUCCCUCAUGGCAGUCACGACAACUCCAGAUUUAGCCCCAUACUACUCACCGAAUGAUUUUUUUUUAAAUGUAGACUUUCCUACUCUACAUUUUGAGAUUCGUUACUGUCCAAGUCUGAGCUGGAUGGGAGGUGGCUUUUUGAAGAAUUGAACCCUUUUUAUAUGACAUCACCUAAGUAUGGCACACAUCCAGCAGAUUUCAAUUACUCAUUUAAAUCUGUUGAAAAUAUUCCAUGCUUUUAUUACAGUUUGGCGUUCUCUACUGAUAACUAUAUUGGCAACAUGGGAUCCUGGGUGUUGUCAGGAUUUUUUAAGGGGGUGGGCAACCACUCAUCAGUAUGAAAUUGACAAACCAUCACUGGCACAAGGGGUGAAUAUUGAGGGACUUCUAAAGUUCGUUGGCCAAUCUCCUCCUUUUGGUAUACAUGUACCUCACUCAUUUCCAUUUUCCCCUUUUUACAUUCCAUUGUUUUCACUGCCUUAAAAGAGAACAUUUACAUUAUGCAGGUAUGAGAUUUUCUAAUCUAUUCAAAUCAAUACUAUAAUGACUGAAAUGUUCAGUAAAUAUUUUAACGAAUAAUUCAUGUGUAUUUUUCAAUAUUUUAGAUUGUGAAUACGAAUAUACAUUGCUUUUUUCGAUAACUGUAAGAACUGACAUGACAUUGGUGUGGCUACUGGAUAAUGAAUCACUUGUACAUAUGUAUCAGAUGUAUAUUCUCCUGAAUGUGUUGCCCUGCUAAGGCUGUAGAUGGGCCCACAUUACUGUCUAAAAUCUUCUCUUUUGAGAUUAACCACUUUGUGCCGGGGCAUUUUUCAAUGUUCAUGAUGCUGGGCCGGCAUGACUAUCAUUUUUUCCGUUUUCA